ACGAAGCACUCACUCUCAUGCUAGCAUUUGUUUUAACAAUUUUUUUGAUUCAUUUUCGAAAUUAGAGACAAAUAUUUAACGAAAUUGAAAAUUGAAAAUGGCUUUUUUCUCUGGACUAUUCCGUUACCGGAAAAUUCCUUAUUUUUCAAUUCAAUCAAAUUGUUAUAACUACUCUUUAUGUUCUCAGCUUUUGCAUCCAAGUUUCAAGACUCAGUGGUUCAGCAGCGGAACUGGCUCGGCGACUCAGACUGAGUUCCCUGGAGAGAACGCGUACGACAUCUUAGGAGUUUCCGAGACCAGCUCGUUCGCUGAAAUCAAAGCGUCGUUUCGCAGAUUGGCAAAAGAAACUCACCCGGACCUCGCUGAGUCCAAGAGCGAUUCACCUGCUUCUUCAAACCGUUUCGUCCAAAUCCUCGCCGCUUAUGAGAUUCUUUCGGAUUCCGAGAAGAGGGGGCACUAUGACAGCUAUCUAUUAUCUCAGAGAAAGAUUGGGCAGAAAAAUUCUAGACAAGGUUCAACAAUGUGCAUGUACGCAUCUCAUACAACAAUGAAUAAGCAGAUGGAAGUUGUUGAAUGGUUAAAGUGGUAUAGAUUUGCUAUAAAUGAUGUGGUGUCUCAGAGGAAAGCAGUGGUUGGAACCGGCUAUUUUGAUGUUCUUGAAGCAGAUUUUUAUUCAGCUAUACAUACGGCAUAUUAUGGUCCUGUAAUCGAAUCCAUGGAUCUUCUUCCUGACCGGUUUGAAGCUGAGGAAAGGUCUGUGUAUGAAACUCCUGAGGUGCUGCACUUGGUUUCAGGGCGCAAUCUUUUUGGGAUGGUUUGCCUGGUUGAUAGGGUCCCUGAGCUAUCUUUCACCUAUAAUGAAAAGUUGAAUUCUAUGUCUGCAGCUUCAGUCUUGUCUCAGUCUACCCAAAAUGCUAGAAUUUGCACGAAUGAUGUAAAAGAAAACCAUGGUGGACUUUCUCAGAUUCAAGUCACUGAUAUUAAAAACCAUGCAUCUGAUGCAUAUAAAGAUUUGGAGUUGCACGUAUCUGGAAGAGUGGUAGCUGUGGCCACUAGAAUCCCUCCUAAAAGCUGUUUUGCUGAGAUACAAAAUGAGGAUGUUCAAGACCACAUAGAAGUAUUUCUUACUUUAGAUGAUGACUUCAUGGUUGUUGGCAAUGGAUUGGAUCAUAAGGUGGGAUCUCGAAUUCUGUUGGGAACAAUAACUGGACUUGGAACCAGCCCGGAGGAGGGUUCAUGUUUUGUCUACAAUAGUAGUGGUACAAAAACUCAUGUGAUUAUGAAACAUAGGACAUUGCUGGUAAAGCAUAUGCACUGGUAUCGGAUAGGAGAGGAAGUUUCUGUUUGUGAGUGUAGAUGUAGCAGAGCUCGAUUGCCACCUAGCAGAUAUUGGUUGUUUGAACCUCGCUGUGGAAUGCAUGACAUUGGUGGUUGGUACAUUGAAACUUUUGGCAGGGAUAAGAAAGGCCGGACAGUCGCAUCCCAAAGGUUUUGGGAUGGCUUUGAUGCAAAUGAACAAUUUGAUGAUGUUUCAGGAGACUCCAUCCAGCUAUGUAUUUGCUUGCCCUUGCAUAUAGGACACUAGAUAUUGAAGAUGCAAAAAGAAGGAAGCAGACCAUUAGGGAUAUUGUUGAAGGGAAACUAUUUAGAAUCCUCAAUUUGUGCAAGAAGCUUGUUUAGGAUGGAUGCCUCUUUGGACUUGUGAAGGCUAGAAAUACUUCAUCUCUUAAGAAGCUGAGAUCAAGGAGAGAAGAAAUUCCUCACAUUUGAUCAAGAUGGCAGUAAGAGGGAACUGAUGGCAUUCAAAAAUGUCUGAGGCAUCUAAACUCCUAUGCAGAAAAGGUUGUUCUAAAGAAAUCCUCAACUGGUGUGGCAAAGAUAAAUAGAAAUACCGCUGUAACAAACUAGACAUUCAAUUUGCUGUGCACCUUUUGGAAACUGUUGGUGGCUUUAAAAAUUGACUUAAACUAGCAACAUGGUAAAUGGUUAAAACAUAGGUAUCAAUGCAUGCUCAUUUAUCAGACACUAUGGUCUUUAACAGCAUAAUGUUGAACUGCUAUGAGAGCAUAUUUCACAUCUGAUCAUUUGAUCAAUACGACUUGAGGAUUAAAGCUUGCAGCCGCUAUUGGGACUCCAAGAGCAGUGAAAGUUGCUAGCCAGAGCCCUCCUAGACGAAGGAAAAAGGGCCCUGGUCCCAGUUCGCCCCAUGAAUACAAAGGUCCAUCUUUCAGAGAUGA